UGUAUGUUUUAAUUAGUUUAAAAAAAAAAAAAGUGUGAUACUUGAAAAAAAGCUCGAUUUACCUGCGAAAACAAUGGAGAUAGAAAUACCUGAUAUGCAUUUUAAUAAAAAUGAAUACGUAGAAACUGUUUCAGGAAACAAGAUAUCCCGACAAACUGUUUUAUGUGGUUCACAAAAUAUUAUACUAAGUGGUAAAGUAAUCGUUCAUGACGAUGUUAUAAUUCGUGGCGAUAUAACAAAUAUUGUAACCGGUCGAUACUGUAUUAUCGGUAGAAAUUCUGUGUUACGUGGACUGGGAAUGUUUCAAUUACAAAUUGGCUGUCAUGUUUACAUUGGAGCGGAUUCAAUAGUAAAUGGUGCUUUUGUCGGUUCGUAUGUGUAUAUUGGAAAUAAUGUGAUUAUUGGUCAACGAUGUAUCCUUAAGAAUUGUUCUAUGAUAGCUGAUAAUACUGUCUUAGCACCUGAAACAACUGUGCAACCAUAUAUGCGAUACGAAGGUUCACCUGCAAAAUGUGUUGGAGAAUUGUCAGAAUGUAUGGUAGAUUCUAUGAUUGAAUUUACUAAAAAUUAUUAUGAACAUUUUACAGCUGCUAAAAGUGACGUAAAUGCAGAUUGA